CAGGCAACCAGCUACCAAUGGGCUUUAGUCCAGGCCCCCUGAUAUAUAAGGGGCUGUAGUCUACACAUUCACUCUCUUAGUUCCUGGCAAUUAAAGAAAGCACAAGUCCUGUACAAGUCAAGUCCAGAAUAGCUAGGCCAAAGCCUAUAAACCUGCAGCCACAUCAAAUCUGACUGGUGCUUAGCAAAUGUGGUACCGAUAUUCAAAAAGAGGAUCCUGGAAACUAUAGUCCUGUGCCAUAGGAGGCAGCUGGCAAGGCAGGCAGGCAGAAGGGUCCCGCAGCAAGUCCAUCCCGCUUUGCGGUGGGCUCUGUUGAAAACCAGCGGCACCUUAGACUCAGCUCUCCAUGUCAUCUGCCACACAGGUUCAGCGGAUCCACAUCCACCAAUGUUCCUGUCUGCUGAAACAGGAAAAUAAAAACUAUAAAAGACUAAGAAACGUUGGAUAUUCUAUUAUAUAUGGAAUGAUGCCUGCAUGGAACUGCUACUCAUUGUGUCAUAUGACAAUGCUUGUUCUUCCCUGGAUCACUCAUUUUAUCAUCAUACAAAUGUGUAAAGCCUUGCUGUCCUGUGAAUUUUCAGAACUGCCAUUAAAUGCCUAUAAAUAUGAGGGACAGAUCAUCAUUGGAGGCCUCAUUCCUGUGCAUGAAAAAACUAUCAAACAAAUGGUAAAUUUCACAGCAAAACCUCUGUCCAGGACGUGUGAAAAGUUUUACAUUGAGAAAUACCAGUAUGUUCUUGCAAUGUUAUUCGCCAUUGAGGAAAUCAACUCCAAUCCACUGCUGAUGCCAAAUAUCACACUGGGAUAUGAAAUUUAUGACACCUGUUAUUCAGACAUGGCAGCUAUCGAUAGUGUCAUGUAUUAUCUGUCAGGAAAACAACCCAAGGUGCCAAAUUACGCCUGCCGCUCAGUUUUACCUAAAUUGUCCGCUGUGGUUGGAGAUUCGCCAUCAUCUGGAUCAGUUGCAAUUGCUCAAAUACUGGGACUCACUUAUUUUCCACAGAUCAGCUAUGCCUCAGCUCUUCCCUCCUUGGCUGAUAAGACCCAGUUCCCUUCUUUUGUACGAACAGUCGGCACUGUAGACUCUCAGCCAGUCGCUGUGGUCCAGAUGAUUAAGCAUUUUAACUGGUCCUGGGUUGGCAUCUUGUCUUCCAAUAAUGACUAUGGAGACCAAGGAAGCCAGAAGCUAAAGCUGGAAAUGGCAAAGAAUGGCAUUUGUGUGGCUUUUGCCAAAACCCUUUCUACUCCACCAAGCAAAGAGAGUCUUAAUAACAUCAUAAACUCCAUACAGAAAACCAAGACCAAUGUCAUUGUCCUGUACGCAUAUGCCACUGAGCUGAUAGCUUUCCUGCAGGCUGUCACUGACAAUAAGAUCUAUGGAAAAGUCUGGAUUGCUGUAGGAAGUUGGUUGCCUUCAGCCGUCUUUACCCAAAGAGAUCUAUGGGCCGUUCUUAAUGGAACCAUUGGUCUGGCUAAAUACAGUUCAUAUAUCCCAGGCUUCCAAAACUUUCUGUAUAGUAUAUACCCAGAAAAGUAUCCCAAUGAUAUAUUUAUAAAGGAAUUUUGGGAACAGGUGUUUCCCUGUAAGUGGAGGGAGAAUAAUUUAAAGGAUAUUUCCAAUGUCACAUCAUGCACUGGCAAAGAAAACCUAACCACAGUGGACAAUUCAGUGUAUGACACCACUAACUUCAGAUUAUCUGUUUCUGUGUACAAUGCUGUGUAUGCGGUGGCACAUGCUAUAUAUGACAUGUUGUCCUGUCAGGGUGGGAAAGGGCCCUUCAGAAACAGGACUUGUGCAAACAUUAAGGAUUUUCAACCAUGGCAGCUAUUCCAUUAUGUUAAACGUGUGCAGUUCCUAAACUCGGCCAGGGAGAGAGUCGCCUUUGACGAAAAGGGAGAGCUGAAAGGACUUUACGAUGUCCUGAACUGGCAAGUCUCUCAGGAUCUGAAGGGGGGACUCCUUAAAGUGGGAAUCUUUGAUGACUGGGGCCCCAAUGGUGAAAAGCUCGUCCUGAAUGAAAAGAGCAUAAUAUGGGGAGAGAGGUACAAAGAGGUUCCCCCAUCUGUGUGUUGUGACAGUUGUCCCCCAGGAUUCAGAAAGGUUCCCCGGGAAGGUCAGCCAUUUUGUUGCUAUGAUUGUCAUCCCUGUUCAGAUGGAGAAAUUUCCAACCAGACCGACACCAUUGACUGCUUGAGGUGUCCAGAAGAUCAGUGGUCCAAUGACAACCGAGUCAAAUGCAUCCCAAAGGUUAUAGAAUUUCUCUCUUAUGAAGAACCCCUGGGCAUAGCGUUAUCUACCUUUACCAGUGCUUGCUCCCUUCUCACUGUCUCAGUUCUCUAUAUUUUCAUUCGCUUCCGGGAUACUCCACUGGUUAAGGCCAACAACAGGAGCCUGAGCUAUCUUCUGCUGGUGGCCCUGCUCCUCUGCUUCCUCUGUUCUUUUUUGUUCAUUGGCCGUCCUUCCAUUAUCACUUGCCUCAUUCGACAGGCUGUGUUCGGGAUUAUAUUUUCCUUUUGUGUGUCUUGUAUCUUUGCCAAAACUAUUACAGUUGUGAUUGCCUUUAGUGCCACCAAACCAAACAGCUCCCUCAGGAAAUGGGUGGGUUCCUCAAUUCCUAACUCCAUGAUUCUUACGGGUGCAAGCAUCCAAAGUGUGAUUUGCACAACAUGGGUCAUCAUGUAUCCUUCAUCUCCAGAACUCAAUAUGAAGGCAACUAAAGGUGUCAUAACUGUCGAGUGCAGGGAUGGAUCAAUCGUUUUCUUCUAUGUCAUGUUGGGAUUCUUGGGAUUUUUGGCUGUUUUGACUCUGGUCAUUGCCUUUGUGGCUCGAAACCUCCCUGAUGGAUUUAAUGAGACCAAGUUCAUUACAUUCAGUAUGUUGGUUUUCACCAGUGUCUGGAUCUCCUUCAUCCCAGCCUAUGUUAGCACCAAGGGAAAAUACAUGGUGGCAGUGGAAAUUUUUGCCAUCCUCUCAUCCACUCUUGGUUUAAUAUGUUGUAUUUUUGCCCCGAAAUGUCACAUUAUUAUCCUGAAACCUCAUAUGAACACAAAAGAAUAUUUAAUAUCAAAAAGUAAGAUCGGCAGGAAAACUUAGGUGUAACAUAGGCCACAAAUGCUAAUAUCAUGGUGAUUAUACUGAACAAUAAAUCUUUACAUUUUCACUGUCACUGUUAGGAUUUUAUCUAUAUGUUAUCAGAAAAUUACAUAUUAUUUACAUUUGAUCUUCAUUAAAAUCAUAUUUGGUUUUGGUUGUGUUCUGUUUAUAUUUAUGUAUAAAAAUGUGUAGUUUUUACACUGGGUACUAGAGUAGACACAAUAGGCUGACAUCCCAUGCUUUCUACAGAUCACUUAUCAGCUUUAAUGUGUAGACUAGGACAUGAUCAGCACAGUCAUCUCAUUAGAGGGUGAGGUUAAUAAUCUGAUCACAUUAUCACUGAAUUGUAAAGGUUUAAUGACAGAAGACAGCUCUAUUGUAUGCUGGAAGUAGGAUAGAACUUUAUCCAAAGAUACUCCCUGUUCUCCCCUCAAAGAAGUAUAUAAUACAAUAUUAAUUGGUUCUAGAAGGACUAUUGUAAGUUGAAACCAUUGUAUGUUGAGAACAUAACUAUGGAAUACUGGCAAUUGGUUCUGAAGCUCUAAAAUAUCAUCCAAAAAUAAGAAAAAGUGAGGAAAUAAGAAAAAUAAGUUGAAAACUAAUAUAGAUAAAGCAAGUUCUUACAUAUAAAAGUAAGAAAGAUCUGCUGAAAGCUGUAAAUCACUGUUUAUGUAGAGGACAGGAGCUUUUUCAGGGUCCUGUACAGCACAUGCAACAUCCUAAUAAAGUAAAAUAAAGCUGCCCUCACUUAGUGUCCAAAGGAGCAGCUAACCCUGGCACACGUAAAGAGUAGUACAGAACAUGUAAUACCUCCCUUUAGAGUAGGGAGGCACUGCCAGACAGCCAGUCAGUGCAUGCGCUUCAGUAAUACAGGUGUUUUACCAGUGAAAUGCCCAUUCUGAUUGGUCAGUUCUUCCAGCCAUUGCAUUUCGCAGAUCUGAACUGUCUGUAGCAUUGUAUGUUUAGUCUGGUUUCAAGUUAUAAUGGUUCAGAAAAGCCAAUUUUAUGUUGAAAAUAUUGUAAUCUGAGGUCAUUGUAGAG